AUGAAUUGGCAAACAGUUGAGGAUCAAUAUCUCAGAGACAACAGAUUUUUCGCGCAACUAGCUGGUGUAUGGCCCAACCAGAAAAUAUUUGCUAAAUUUUCUAUUCGACUUGUUAUAUUUAUUAUUGUUAACGUUGCCAUUAUAACUGAGAUAUCGCGAAUAGUAAUAUUUCACAGUACGGAUGUGCUGUUGGAUCAGAUGGCGUAUCUGAGUCUAGCUAUGAUGGUUCUAGUGAAGCAGUACAAUUUCAUCUUGAAUGAGAAGAAGUUGAAAGAAGUUCUAAGCGAAAUUGUGACUGAUCGUUUGAUGGAACGACCGAGAGAGGAAUUGCAGAUUUUGGAUACGUACUAUAAGAAGGCGAUAAUCCUCUCCACUAUAUACAAAGUGAGCAUAUCUUCCUCCACGUUGAUGUUCAUCUCCAUACCGGCCAUACCAUCUGUUUUGAACAUCAUAGCGCCCCUGAACGAGUCACGAGGCCGUGAAUUCGUCUACCCAGCGUAUUAUUUCGUUGAUGAACAGCGAUAUUAUUAUCCUAUAUUAGUGCACAUGGUAUCAAUGGGUCUAACAGUAGCAGUUGUAUAUAUCGCCUGCGACAUCAAUUUGAUUCACAUAGUACAACACGGGUGCGCCUUAUUGACUAUCUGCGGGUAUCGUUUCAAGCACGCAAUGGAUGAUGCGAACCUUUGUGACGAAAGGUACAGCGAUACGUUAAUGAGUAUAACUUACGAGAAAGUUUGCCGAUCCAUCGAGGCUCAUAAAAAAGCUGUCAAAUAUCAAUAAUGGAAGUGGAAGCAAGAUACUUUAUAUUUUGGGUGUUCAUUGUUGCACAGUUGGUUCAUCUACUCUUUGUGAUGAUAAUGGGACAGUUUGUGGUCAAUUCCAACGAUAAAGUUUUUCGAACAAUAUACGAAGCCAAGUGGUACGAUGGUCCGUCGAAAACGCAAUUGUUAUACGUAUUGGCAUUGCGAAAAUGUUUAAAUCUGCCUGUAUUAACGGGCGGAGGAUUGAUCCCGUUGAAUUUGUAUACUUUCGUACAGAUAUACGUAUGAAUUCUUCCCAUCUAACUACAUAUUACACGAUUAUGAACUGGCAAACAGUCGAGGAUCAAUAUCACAGAGAUAACAAGUUUUUCGCACAGUUAGUCGGUGUCUGGCCACGUCAGGAGAGAUUCACUAAAUUUUUCAUACGACUUGUUACACUUGUUAUAAUUAUCAUUGCCAUUAUAACCGAGGUAUUAUUUUCAUUCUCUUAA